AUGUUAUUAGAAGAAGAAGUCAAGGGCAUCUGCACCUUGGUCGAUCACAGCAACUUGCUCACCCGAGAAUUGCGAAUUGCCAAAUCCGAAGCAGAACUCCGCAACGUCCGGAAAGCUGGUUACCUUGCUGAUUUCUCUCGUUCGAACUCUCAAGCUAGCGAAGCAGGGCGCCUACAAGGGAGGGUGAUUUAUGACAAGAACUUGUUGGCACUGUCUACGAAAGCGGUGGGGAUGAUCCGGCAAAUGAAAACAUUCUUGUCUCCGGGAACAAGGAGGUUCUUACACGGUACUCGACCGGAAAGGACAAGAUUGAUCGACAACUCACCCUCGAAUUUGCUGCUGCUCAUGAACACUGCCAUUGCGCUCUGA